UUCGGAGAGCGUGAGACACUAACACGUGUUCAGUUCCUAGUAGUACUAACUUCUUUCAGCCAGAAGACAUGGACAAAGGCACUGAUGUUUGUCAAGUUUGUACCAAAGAAACAUCUAAAUACAAAUGUCCAGGAUGUCUAUUAAAGUACUGCAGUGUGGUCUGCUUCAAGAGCCACAAGGAAGGAAAGUGCACACCAAAGCAGCCAGAGCCGACCGUGACCUUGGAGAUCGACACGAAAGGAAAUAUAUCAUCGCAAAAUGUACUUUUCCCAACUGAUGAUACAGUCCUGCCAGAGACUUUAGAGAAACUGAGAUCCUCAAGAAGACUACAAGCUGUGCUUCGCAACCCCCACUUAAGGGAGAUUCUGAGGGAAGUGGAUAGUGCAUCCAAUACAGAAGUUCACAUUGCCCGGGCCAUGAGAGAACCAAUCUUCACGGAGUUUGCGGAUAUCUGUCUUAGUAUUGUGGAACCUGGGGAAGAUGGUGCUCUAGAGACAGAUUCCGAUGAAGAUAUGUGAUAGGAUUCUUUUUUUCUUUUUACUUGAAUAGGAAUAAACAUUGUUUUGGAAAUUUAGGAAUGUGUGUGAUGAGAUACAGAUUUAUGGAUAAUUCUUUCCAUAUAAUUCUUUGAUUUCUUCUGGAAGGUGAAUGGAUGGUAUUGUGUGUGUAAUUCUCAGUUUUCAGAACAAAUUUAUGUUAUUUUUUCAUAUAUGCAUAAACUGUAAAUGAUAUUUGUACAGAUCCAUGUAUUUUUAUCGUAUUUUGCUAUUAAAGUAUUUGUCUUGAAUAUU